GCAUCAGUACUGCAGCCGCCAACGGUGCCGCUGUCUGACGAUGGUAGACUGGAGAGACGGACGGUCAGGGCCGUCCCCGUGUAACCUGAACAUGCAAGUGUAACCUGAUUUACACCCGUUUAUAAAUGCCAAGCCAGGUUUACGCGUUCAUUUAGCUUAUUUUUUUUUUUUUAAUAAUAAUAAUAUUAAUAAUAAUAAUGGAAGACGACUGUAUUUGUGAGUACGACUCGACCUGGGACACAGAGAGUGACGGAGACGACCCGGCCGGAGAGAGCCAAACCCGGCGGUCAUGUCAAGACAAAAACAAAUCUGGCUGGACUUUAUGGCAUCACACGUCCAGAAACAUGAGGGCAGCAAAGGACAUGCAGAACUACAGGAGAGGAUAUCCAAAUCUUACAGACGACGAGUGCUCGGAAGACAAAAUGAACAAUUUGCAGUUUUAUCUCAAUAAAUUUCCUUCCGCACCUGAUGAUGUCUACAUCGAAUCGUUUCUUAAGGAGUGGAAAAACGACUACAAAAGACUGGAGAGGGUUCACUCAUACAUUCAGUGGCUGUUUCCACUGCGGGAGCCGGGGGUUAAUUACAUGGCUUCAGAACUCACCAAGAAGGAAAUUGAGGCCUUUAAGAAGAAUGAGGACGCCAAAAAGAGACUAGUCGAGUCCUAUGAACUCAUGUUGGGCUUCUAUGGCAUCCGUUUGGUCAAUAAAGAGACGGGUGAAGUCAAACGUGCGGAAAAUUGGAAGGAACGAUUUGGAAACCUGGAGCGGAAUAUGCACAACAACCUUCGCAUCACUCGCAUCCUGAAGAGCCUCGGAGAGCUAGGCUUCGAGCACUACCAGGCCCCACUUGUGCGCUUUUUUCUUGAAGAGACUCUGGUCAAGAAAACGCUUAGCAGUGUUAAACGCAGCGUGCUUGACUACUUCCUGUUUGCCGUCCUGGAUAAGGAGAAACGUCAGGAGCUUGUGCGUUUUGCCUACCAUCACUUUGAGCCAAAGGAUAAGUUUGUGUGGUGUCCCAGAAAGAUUCAAAAACAAUUCAGGAAGACUGAGAAGAGAUCUGAUGCUGUUGGGAAUGGAGAUGGGAAAGAUGAAGUGUAUUCACGGGGUAAAAGCAAAGAUGGAGAUGCUGUUGCGCAACAGAAAGAGGAUGGACUGGAUAAAGUUACAAAGACUCAGAAAUGGACUGAUAAAACAGCAAGUAAAGACAAAAACAAACUGUCUGAGGUAUCCCCUGAGCCAAAACCAGAGGCUGAGACCGUUGGCAAUGGAAGUGCAGAGGCUGAAUCUAAUAUUCAAAUUCUGGGGAAUGGAAAUGACUCGGAUGUUGAUGAAAUGGAUCAAUUACACAGUCCUAACACUGUGACUACAAAAACCGAGCCCUGUGCCGACAGUGAGCAUAAAUCUACCAACAACUCCAAGGACACCAUCCAGGAACCAGAAAACAUUAUGCAAACAGAUGGGGACACAGACACUGAAAAACCACCGAAGAAGAAGAGAGAAGAUAACAAGGUGCUGCCAAGCAACGGCUCUGCUGGGGACUUCGCUAGUGGGCAGAUGGAGGAAAAAGCUGGAGCUAAUAAAGCCGCUGGUCAAACAAGCCCUUCAGCUCAAACCCCCCAUAAGACUUCAAAACAUUCACCCUCUCUUUCUUCGGGAAGGGAGGAAAAAAUCCCAAGGACUGAUUUUAACCAAGUGCCAGAUAAAAAUGAAGAGGAAAAAACGUUACAGGCAAAUGUGUCCGCAACAAAUGGGUCACUGACGAGCACCGACAAAGGUGCAGAUAAACAGACGAAUGGGAAGGAGUCUGAGGAUGUUGAUAUGGAAUCGAACCCCUCGAGCUAAGACCAAAAUAUGGGGAGUUCUUGAAUAAACCGGAUGAUUGGAGAAACACAUUAAUUUGAUCAUAAAUUAAAUGUAAAAUAGGGACAGAGUAUGACUUAAAAAGACUUUCUGGGCCUUAUUUCUACAAUAUUUGAUGUUUAGAUAUUGAUUAUUUUCACUUUUGAAGGAGUAUAUGAAUUCAUUAACUCACAUAAUGUGAAACUGGAUGUUAGUCAGUUUCCACAUGGCCAUCAGACCAUAGACCAAGAAAAGGCUGGUGAUGUUUAUAUUUUUCUUAUUGACAACAAAUCUCAAUCAAAAAGGUCAAAACCAGAGAGACUGGUGCGACCUGAGGGUCACAUGACCAUCAGAAACAGCCAUGGCUCAUUUUUACUAGCUUGUCUUGUACUGGAAAAAGAUAAUCAAUGAAGGAAGACUUGGUACUAAAUAGGGGGGUUGAGGCUUGUUUACAAAUCUACCUACAACAUAACUUCUCGUGAACCAGAUCUUAAAAACCACAAAAAGUUAUAUUCCAAAUGCUUUAUUAGUUGUAUUUUGACAGAACUUUAAUAUGUUGAAAAUAAUACUUAAUUAUAAUAAUUUAAUAUGCUGACAUAUGUCCAAUGUAAUAUCUUUAAAUAUAAAAUCUGUGUGGCCUCAACAUUGUAACAUCUCGUGCAGCAAAUGUAUGUUGGUCACGUGAUCUUCACCUUACAGUUCGUAGCUGCCCGUCGAGAUCUCCCCAAAACUAGCAGUGGGUUAGUCUGUCUCAUUACUUUCUGACUUCCUGUCUGUGGCUCCACGCGCUUUGAUUCUCAUUGAAGACAUUAAAUAAUGUUACAGCUAGUUUUCAUGAAUUAUUACGUGAACAGAAGUAAAUAUUGUUUUUGUUGGGACUGUUGUCAGCUAGUGUUUAUUGUAAUGAAGGAGCAUGUCAGUGACUCCACUGUAUUUUUUUUGUUUUUGUUUUUUGGGCAAUGAUGGAAGAACAGGCAGACAGACAAAUAAGCUACUAAAUGUCAAGCUUUGGAUACACAGACAAUAUUUGAUUGGAGCUGCAAUGAUUAAUUGAUUAGUUAUCCUCUAUGACAUUAACCAGCAACUAUUUUGAUAAACAACUUUUUUUUAUACAUGGAAAAAGUCAAAAAUGUCUGAUUUAACCUUCUAAUUGCGAUGUGUAGUUUAGUCCUCUAUGACAGUAAACUGACCAUCUUUGAGGACGUUUCUUUGGGAAACCGUUUUCACCAUUUUAUGGACCAAACAGCUCAUUUACAAAGUGAUCGACGGAUUAAAUUGCUAAUUAAAAUAUUGUUGCUUGCUGCCCUGUUUGCAAGUGUUAAAAACUAAUUGUUGGUUUUGGUCUUUUCGUUUGUUGACAAUAAGAAAAAAAAACAGAUUACCAGACUUAUCCUUUUAGAUAGUAAUGACUGUCAGCAACUGAUAUUUAAUAUCUAUACAGGAUACGUGAAGCACUAUAAUUAAUGUAUGUCAUUGAAAUGAUGGUUUCAGCAUUUUUAACACCAUCAUAUUUUCACAAUUGAACAUUUUUUGCACUGAAAAAAAAAAGAAUUGGAAGAGCUUUCUUUCUUUUGGGCUGUUUUUGUGUGAGUAAAAACCUGUACUGGUUUGUGUUUCUGCUGUUCAAACGGAUUUAAGACUGAAUGUCACUUAAGUUAUAUUUCAAUAAUGUUGCACAAUCUGUAUGUUUUCAUGCAGAUUUGGGAAGUAGACUUUUGAACAACUGAAAGCCUUGCCAAAAAAAGAAAAAUGUGAUAAGACUGGUUGAUUGUACAAAAUGUAUGUCUUCUCGGCAGAACUGAUAAAAGCUUUGGUGAUAAUUUAAAGUCCACUGUAUGUUAAUUUACAAGCCAGGGUGAUUAUAUUGAUGCAUCUUUUUAUAUUUGCACUUAAUGAAAUGGUAAUAACUUUACAAAAGUGCUGAUUUCUUUAUACAUGACUUCCCUCCCCUGACUAAAUAUCUGGCUGUUGACAAAGCAGAAUAAAGUUAUACUAUUUUUUUUUUUUAUGCUUUUAUGAAAUUAAUGUGUCGAACCACAGUCCUGUUAUAGUUUAUUAAAUGGCAGUUCUCAGGAGGACACUGUGGUAGAUGUCAGCUUUUGCUCCUUCCUGUUCCUGAGACUUUGAUUUCCCAGCAGCUUAUAGACAGAAAUGUCUUUUUCUUCAGCAAGCAGACUGAGCCUCACUGAAGUGACAACUCACAGUCGAGAAGAUAAAUAAGAUAUUGAUCAAUUUGUCGAGGUUGUGAGUAAAAUACUGUUGGAGUUUGAGCUUGCUGUUUGUUAUUGCAUUGUCCAUGCUGACCUCUAUCCAUAGAUCUACCCAUUCCCUCUUUGGAGCAUCAUAAAUAAAAGGUUUAACACUU